CGUAACAGGCAGUAGCAGAAAAAAAUUGGGGACACAAACAUUCCCAGGAUCCCAGACAUUCACUUCAAACAAGUUUCAAGGAAGGUGGUAGUUGAAGAAGCUUAAAGCAAAUGUUCAGAAAGCGGGUGAAAUGAAACAACUGAACAUAACAAGGCUCACCCUUGAAACACACACAAAAAGAGACCAGAAAUACACAUGAUGAUCCAGCAGCAGCUGGGACAGCUCCUGCCAGAGAGGAAGGGGAACAUUUCUGCUGCCCUGGCCCUGCUCGGCGGCUCCGUGGCAGCCCUGGUGGUCUGGAAAUGGCUGGGCAAAAAGAGGAUCCAGAAGAAAAUGGAAGAGGCUCGCAGGACCCAGGAUGAGGGCAUGAAGAAAAUGGCAAAGGCUGUCCAGCAGUUCAGGGAGCAGGUCCCCCGUGUCCAGACAGAUGCUAUUCUGUCCCUGCCCCUGCUGGAACUCACUGCAAGACUGCAGGAAGGGUCUCUGUCCCCCAGGACUGUCCUCUACACCUACUUAGAGAAGGCCCUGGAAGUGACCCAGCAGACAAACUGCUUGCGACACUUCAUCCCAGAGUGUGAGGAGCAGCUCCAGGAGAUACAGAGGCACAGGGAGAAAGGGCUGCUCUACGGCAUCCCCGUCAGCAUCAAGGACCACAUUGGCCACAAGGGCCACUUGGCAACCUGUGGGCUUGUGCAGUGCUUGGGCACUCUGAUGGAGGAGGACAGCGUCCUGGUCAAGGUCCUCAAGAGACAAGGGGCCAUCCCAUUUGCAAUGACCAAUGUGCCACAGUCCCUCUUCAGCUACGACUGCAGCAACCCCACCUUUGGCCAGACCUUGAACCCCUUGAACGCGCAGAAGAGCCCCGGGGGCUCCUCGGGCGGGGAGGGAGCUCUGAUCGCCGGGGGCGGCUCCGUGCUGGGCAUCGGCUCCGACCUGGGCGGCAGCGUCCGCCUGCCCUGCAGCUUCUGCGGGCUCUGCGGCCUCAAACCCACGGCCCAGAGGCUCAGCCUGGCUGGAGUGACUGGCCCUAUCGAUGGCAUCCUGGCAAUCCCCUGUGCUCUGGGGCCCAUGGCAAGGGACGUGGACAGCCUGGCCCUGUGCAUGAAGGCGCUGCUCUGCCAGGAGAUGUUCCAGCUGGACCCCACCGUGCCCCCCAUCCCCUUCAAUGAGGAGGUGUACUCCAGCCGGUCAAAGGUCUAUGUGGCCGUGGAUGGGACAACGGUCCUGGAAGAUGAGGCUCGGGAGCAGGGAAGAGGGAUCCAUGUCAUCGUCUUAAAUCAGGCCACGGGUCACGUGAUGGCCAAGAGGGUCUUUGACACCUAUUCCCCCCACGAAGAUGAAGCCAUGGUACUUUUCCUCAACAUGGUUGCCCGGGGCCGGAUCCUGAUAUUCACCAUUAAGGACGAAGGCUCCUUUCACCUCAAGGAGACAGCCAAGAAUGUCCUGAAAAGCCUGGGGAGCCAGGUUGCACCAUUCCUGAGCUGGAGAGAUAUGUGGACGUUUGUGGGGAAGAAGGGGGGAGAAGUGUAUGGGGAGAAGCACGCCAAGUCACCCGCCCUCUCCACCUGGGGUGACCCGGUUCUGCUGAAGACAGAAGUUCACCUGACAUCUGUGGAAGAUGCCGAGUGCCACUGGCCCGACACGGAGCUGAACCGGCGCCGCAAGAGGUUCUGCAGCAAGGUGGAAGGUUAUGGCAGUGUCUGCAGCUGCAAAGACCCCACACCCAUCGAGUUCAACCCUGAUCCCCUCAAAGACAAUAAGGUCUUUGAUGUGCCAGUUGCUGUCAUUGCAGGGAACCGCCCCAACUACCUGUACAGGAUGCUGCGUUCCUUGCUGUCGGCUCAGGGCGUCAAUCCACAGAUGAUCACAGUCUUCAUCGAUGGGUACUACGAGGAGCCAAUGGAUGUCGUGGAGCUGUUUGGCCUGUCGGGAAUACAGCACACUCCCAUCAGUAUUAAAAACGCCAGAGUUUCCCAGCACUAUAAAGCCAGUCUGACUGCAACCUUCAAUCUGUUCCCGGAUGCUAAAUUUGCUGUGGUUCUGGAGGAAGAUCUUGACAUUUCUGUUGACUUCUUCAGCUUUCUGAGCCAGUCAAUACACCUUCUGGAGGAGGAUGAGAGCCUGUACUGCAUCUCUGCUUGGAAUGACCAGGGCUAUGAGCACACAGCUGAGGACCCCUCGCUCCUGUACCGUGUGGAGACCAUGCCAGGCCUGGGGUGGGUGCUCCGGAAGAGCCUGUACAAGGAUGAGCUGGAGCCAAAGUGGCCAACCCCUGAGAAGCUCUGGGACUGGGACAUGUGGAUGCGGAUGCCUGAGCAGCGGAAGGGCCGGGAGUGCAUCAUCCCGGACAUCUCGCGCUCCUACCACUUCGGCAUCGUGGGGCUCAACAUGAACGGCUACUUCCACGAAGCCUAUUUCAAGAAGCACAAGUUCAACACAGUUCCAAAUGUCCAGCUUAAAAAUGUGGAGAGCUUGAGGAAGGAUAACUAUGAGACUGAAAUUCAUCGGCUCCUGGGUGAGGCUGAGGUCUUGGACCACAGCAAGAACCCCUGUGAGGACUCCUUCGUGCCCGAUACCGAGGGCAGGGUCUACGUCAUGUUCAUCAGGAUGGAGCAGGAAGCCGAUUUCACCACCUGGACUCAACUUGCCAAGUGCCUCCACAUCUGGGACCUGGACGUCCGCGGGAACCACAAGGGGCUGUGGCGGCUCUUCCGCAAGAAGAAUCACUUCCUUGUGGUGGGGGUCCCUGCCUCCCCCUACUCGUCCAAGAAGCCCCCGUCAGUGACACCAAUCUACAUGGACCCCCCUGCCAAGGAGGAGGGGGCGGUGGCAGUGCCAGCGGUGGCAGCAGCGGAGCAGACGUGAGGCUGGCAGCUGGAAGCAGAGGGCACGGGGGAGCACAGAGACCCCCACGGUGCAGAGACAGAGUUGGCAGCAGCUCUCGGAGGCUGGUGACUGGAUACAGACUCCUGUUUUGGGCUGCAGAAGCAGAUGUUGGGCUCCCUCCAGCCCUCUGUUGUGGUCUCCUUUUCCCUUGCACAGGACAGGGUCCUUCCCUGUAGAUAUGUCACCCCCAUCCCAGGAACUUGGUUUUUUUAACACAGACACUCUACUAACGCUGCUCCUUUUUGGCCCCUGGCUGGGCAAGGCUGGAGGAAGGAGAUGCUCAACUGGAGGGGGCCUCACAAAACACCUCUGCUCCUUUUUGGCCCUGAAGUCUGAGAAAGCAGCAUGGUGCAAGUGCUGCAGCCUGCCAGCUGGAUGUUAUUUAUUAACUCUUGCCUGCUGGCUUUGUGCCCCAUGGUGAACACAGUGCUGAAGAGGGGCUAUUCCAGCAUCUCUCCUGUUACCUGCACGAUGGAUGCACCUUGAAGACUGUGUGCUGGGUUGGACAUCUUCCUGCACACUGGCUUUGCUCUGUGGGCUGCAGGUACUGGUGCAGCCCAGCUCACAGAAAAGGGAAUGCUGGGGAGGAGCUGGAUUUGCUGUGGACGCAGAGGGGAUGCUCCACACCCAGCACGAGGGCAGUCAGUUCUGGAGGCUGGAAGUCCUUGUAGGUGGAAGUGGACCAGGUUGUGUGCUCUGGCACAGACUGUCCUCACCCACCUGCUCUGUGGGGAGCAGCCCUGCCCCUGUGUCGUGGGAGAGGGGUGCAAGUGCCUUGCAGAGCGAGAUGGGAGCAGCCAGCAGGCAUCAUCCCCUGGCUGCAGGGGCAGGGAGGGCCAGGGUCACCUGGAGUGAGAGAUGCUGCACUGUGGUCCUUGCCUGUGGUACUGUAGCCUGUCUCUCCAUCUUCCCUGCCCUGGGAGCCCCUGCUUUGGCUGAAGGCAGAGGGAGUUUCUUCUCCUGAAUUCCCACUGUUACUGCAGGAAGUUGCUGGCAGGGAAGCUAUAAGCUGGUCUGGGAUGGGCAACUGGCCCUCCCACUGUGGUACACCCCUCAUACAGGGGAACAGGGAGGGGGAGGGGGUUCUGUGCCUUAGGAAGGAUCCCAGGGCCCCUCCCAUCCCCAGCCAUUUGGUACUAAUGUCCCUGCACCCUGAGGGGACAGUCCUGGUCCCCUUGCUCGCUAGAGCUCCUCCUCAUCUGUGCAACAAGAGAUCCAUUCUCUGCCCAUCCCCUGGCCCUGGGCAGGGAUGCAGUGCUCUGGCUUGCUUUUGGGAGAAGGAGUUGCUGCUCUGUCCUUUCCCUGAGGUAACAGAGUCUCUUCCCCUUCAUUUUCUCACUGUGAACUGAGCAUUGGGGUCUACACUACACUAACUUAUUUAUUUAUUGCUCCUGGGAAGGGGUGGAUUACAGGGCAUGGAGAGCUGGCAGCCCCCAGCCUGCACAGGGGCAGUCAUGGGAGGUUUGUCCCCCUGGCUCCACCCUCUGUUCCCUGCUUUCCUCCCUUGCCCAGAACAGGGGAGCCAGGAGACUCCUCUUGGCACAGAUGAUCCCAGUGUGGAUGCAGCACAGCUCCAGCAUGGCCGCAGGGACUCUGACCCUCACAGUCCCUUGCAUGCCUGCCCCAGCAGCAGGGAUGGGGUGGGAUGGAUGCAGGAGGGGAACACGAGCGUGCAGAGUGGCACCCUUGGGGCUGCAGUACCGUUCUGGGGCUCAGCCCUGCCCUCCCCCAGUGCUGCCCUUCCAUGGGGCUGUGCUCUGGCAGCCAGUGGGCAGGCAGCCCCUGUGCUGGCCCUCAGGGUAAAGCAGGUCUUUUACAAGGAUGGAAAAGGGACUUCUUUCUGAGAAAUAGUAGCUUGCUCCCCAUGCCCUGGUUUGGAAGAACUUCCAAAUGGCUCUCCAUUGCCCUUCCUAGGCACCUCUGUUCCCAAGACUCAGUUUCUCUUCCCCUUGAAACUAAAUGCAUUCUCUUUUCCUUCUCUGGUAGAGCUUAGGCUUGGCUUUUUCCCAGCUCCUCUUGGGGCUGGGGAAGGUGGUCCUAGGGAUAGGAGAUGGCUAAACCUGAGUUCCCCUCUCCUCCCCUGCCAACCAGAGCUCUGUGGCCCCCUGCUCUCAGUGACAGCAGGACAGGGGGGCUUAGGCUCUCCCUUCUCCACACAGGGUGCCAGGCCCAUGGGGUGCUGUUCUCCGUCCCUCCCUGUCCCCCCAGCAAGGCUCCAGAGUGGCAGCCGUGGCAGGGCUGGGGGUGUGGCAUCACCAGGGUUUGACGCUUUCUGAAUUGAAUUAUUUUUUCAAGAGUAAACAUUGCAAAGCUGUU